AUGAGCUCGGAUGGUAUGGGCAACCGUCUCGUCAAGAAUGAGGGCGAAUUGUUCGCCACUUUGCGUCAAAUCAGAGAUGUGUGCAACUGGAAAGGAGAGAUUGUGUUUCAAGAAUUCAUCCCUGGAGUCAAAGAAGUGCCCAGCUUCCAAUUUUAUCUGCACAAAUCGGGAGAAUUAUUCUGGGUCGGCACAACCACAGGAGGAUUCGAUGGAAUUUUUGAGUGGACUUCUGGAACAGUGGACUGGGACAAACAAGAGAGCUAUGAGGAAAUGGUGCACGAAGAGUUCACUUUGCCGAUUAAAAAAUACCUACAUGAGAGAGGCUACUUUGGCUUGGCCACUUUUGAAGUUCUUAUCACAGACCAUGGAAGGUACCUGGUUGACCUAAAUCCACGGAUUAGCGGCGAAACUACACACUUAUUACUGGCUCGUUACAUGGCUUUGGACAUUGGUCUGAAGCAUUCAGCAACUUUCUGCUACAACAAGCACAGAACCACAGCUAAAAUGUUGGUUGAAAAUGCAGAUGCCAUCAACAAAAAAGGCAAAGGAAUAAUUAUCAUACUAUCUGCCACUGAUGUGGGCAAAGAGUGUGUGUCUGACUUGUCUGUUUUUGCCAAGACAACUGAAGAGGUGCAAACUCUUUUUCACAACUUCAUAAGCAACUAA